AUGGCCAUCUUCAAGCGCAUGUCCCUCAAACAAGGCAAUACUUCGAGGACUAGUGCCGCGGAGCUCACGCUGCGGGCUUCCAUCUAUCCUCUCUGUCUGGUCACCAUCUUGUUUUUUCUCUGGGGCUUCUCCUACGGUCUCCUUGACACCCUAAACAAGCACUUCCAGAAUACCCUCCACAUCACCCGUGCUCGCUCCUCAGGCCUACAAGCAGCAUACUUCGGCGCCUACCCUCUCGCCUUCCUUGGCCACGCGAACUGGAUCCUACGCCACUACGGUUUCAAGGCCGUCUUCAUCUGGGGUCUCUGUCUCUACGGCAUCGGUGCCCUCAUCGCGUGGCCAUGUAUCCUGCAUCGCUCGUUCGGAGGCUUCUGCGCCGCGAUCUUCAUCAUCGGUAAUGGUCUUGGUAGUCUCGAAACGGCUGCCAAUCCUUACAUCACUAUCUGUGGUCCACCGAAGUACUCGGAGCUCAGGAUCAACUUCUCCCAGGCUUUCAACGGUAUUGGAACGGUCAUCGCUCCUGUGCUGGGCAGCUACGUCUUCUUCAAGUACACGGCAGAUGAUACAAAAGCGCUGGUGAACGUGCAAUGGGUCUACCUCGCUAUCGCAAUCUUCGUGUUCCUGCUAGCUAUAGUCUUCUAUUUCUCGCCAAUCCCUGAGAUCACAGACGCAGACAUGGCUUUCCAAGCCGAAGAAACCCAUGCGAAUACAGACGUCCAGCCAUUUAGGAAGCAAUAUCGACUCUUCCACGCCACCUUCGCCCAAUUCUGCUACACAGGCGCACAGGUAGCCAUCGCUAGCUACUUCAUUAAUUAUGUCGUCGACACACGACCAGGCACCAGCUCAGCCCUCGCCGCUCAAUUCCUCGCUGGCGCCCAAGGCGCCUUCGCCAUGGGCCGAUUCCUUGGAGUUGCAUUAAUGCGUUUUAUUCGGCCACGAUAUGUCUUCCUGUUCUAUCUGACCUUCUGCAUCGUCUUCAUCUGUCCGGCGAUCACGCAGAGAGGCAAUACUGGCAUGGCUAUGCUGUACAUCACACUCUUCUUUGAGUCGAUCAUCUUCCCGACGAUCGUGGCGCUCGGCAUGCGUGGACUGGGCAAGUACAGCAAACGUGGCUCCGGCUUCAUCGUGGGUGGUGUCUGUGGUGGCGCUGUUGUGCCGCCCCUUCUUGGUGCAGUGGCAGAUAUCUACAAUGACACAGCGCCGGCUAUGGGUGUGCCAUUGGCUUUCUUCAUUGCGGCAUGGUCCUAUUCGCUGGCAGUCAACUUCAUCCCGGCAUACAGGGAUCCAGUCGACAAGAUCGGCGCAGCGAAGAUUGGAUUGACGAAUGUGCAAAAUGAUGAAGAGGGUGCUCGGGUUGGGGAGAAAGCUGCAGUGGAGCGCGAGGAGACACACAGCCAGGAAAUUCAUGAGUCGGGUAAAUACUAG